AUGUCUUCACGAGCCAUCGAAGCACCAAGCGCUAUGUGGGAGACAUCGUCUCCUAUAGACCUCUCCGUUCCCACCGUUAAGGACGUUCAAGUCCCCGAGACUCUCUUGAAGAAGCAAAAGGCUGAUGCCAAGGCCACUGAGCAAGCUGCUGCUAAGAAGGCUGAACUCAAGAAGGCCCAACGUGCUAAGCGUCGUGACAUCUUUGAGCGUGCUCGCAAGUACCACAACGAGUACGAGAGCAACGAGCGCAAGGAAAUUGCUCUCCGUCGUCAAGCCAAGUCCAACGGCAACUACUACGUUCCUGCUCAACCCAAGCUUGUCUUUGUUGUCCGUAUCCGUGGUAUCAACAACAUCCCUCCCAAGCCCCGCAAGGUCAUGCAAUUGUUCCGUCUUUUGCAGAUCAACAACGGUGUCUUCAUCCGCCUCAACAAGGCUACCAGCGAGAUGCUUCAAUUGAUCCAACCCUAUGUCACCUAUGGUUACCCCAACUUGAAGACCAUCCGUGAAGUCAUCUACAAGCGUGGCUACGCCAAGGUCAACGGCCAACGUAUCCCCAUCCACGACAACUCUGUCAUUGAGGCUGCUCUUGGCAAGUACAACAUCAUCUGUGUUGAGGAUUUGAUCCACGAGAUCGCUACCGUUGGUCCCCACUUUAAGGAAGCCAACAACUUCUUGUGGCCCUUCAAGCUCUCCAACCCCAACAACAUGUGGCACACUCGCAAGUUCAACCACUUCAUCGAGGGUGGUGACUAUGGUAACCGUGAGGAACACAUUAACAAGCUCGUCCAGGCCAUGAACUAA